AUGGAAUACGUGAUUUUUUCAGACCCGCGCUUCGACCGCAAAGUGACUGCCUGGGACGUUGUGUGUUCCGGGCUCUUCGACAGCGUUGGCUUGUACGUCGAACCAACCUCUGUACAAACGGCAGCCGUGCUUCAAUGGGUUGACAGACUUGGCCUACAGCAGCUGGUGAUCGCUCCAAGCUGUGACACGGCUUUGGCUAGCUUGGCGCCUUUCUCUUCGAGCCCCCAUUUCUUCGACCUCUCGCAUGGGCAGCAGAAGUUGGUGCUGCUUUGUCGAGCGAUGGUGAAGGAACCUCGGUUGCUGCUUCUCGAUGAGCCGACGCAUGGGCUGUCAGGCAGGAACCGCAUGAAGUUCUUGUCGCUUCUCCAGCGGCUGGCGCACACUUCGGAUGUGGCAAUUAUCCUCGUCACCCACAGAGAGGACGAGAUUGAGACGUUGGGCUUUCCCAACGUCCUACGGCUUCGGAAGGAGGGCCACUCCAUUUCGAGCAGCGCUGCUCUGUGA